AACCAUUGACACUAUUCAUGUCAUCAUAUCCUCAACAUAGUUGAGGUUCACAGCCUUCUAUUUUUGCCGACAAAUGACCACUUAGAUCUGUAUCAGACUUCUAGGCGAUCAUCAAACAGCAGAUUCCGAACACUCUGGCCUAGCUACACAUCUUCCACAGUUCCACUUAUCUAUUCCUGGCCUAUACACUAGAUAGGGACUUGCUCGGUUGCUCCUAUAGGCCGUAGAAACGAGACGGCCGGAGAAACUUAUCUGGGGCAGGAACAGAUGGAGUACAUGGAAUGGGAUGCUGAUGGGGGAGGAGAUAAUGUUGUCAACGAGCUUGGUGGAGAAGACUAUAAUUCUGAUCAUGACGAUGAAGACCUUGUUAAUCAGGAUUUCUAUGAUAUGCUUCCCAGAGCAUCGGAUACGUCUGCUGCAGAAGCUAGGAAGGGGAAAGAUGUACAAGGUAUUCCUUGGGACAUGUUGAAUAUUACUCGACAAAGCAUAAGAUUAACCAGGCUUGAACAGUACAAGAAUUAUGAGAACAUACCCUUGUCUGGUGAAUCUGUGGAUAAGGAAUGGAAACUAAAGGCGAAGGGUGCAAACUACUAUGACUUUUUCUAUAAUACAAGAAGAGUGAAGCCUACAAUUCUCCAUUUUCAGCUUAGAAACUUGGUGUGGGCCACCUCAAAGCAUGACAUAUAUCUGGUGUCUGACUGCUCACUCAUGCACUGGUCAUCGCUAUCCCACAACUUGUCAGAGGUUCUCAACUUCUCUGGACAUGUAGUCCCAGCAGAGAAACAUGCAGGGAGCUUGUUGGAAGGCUUAUCACAGACCCAGGUCAGUACAUUGGCGGUGAGGGAGCGUUUUGUAGUUGCAGGAGGCUUCCAAGGAGAACUUAUUUGUAAGCAUUUAGAUAAAUCAGGGGUUAGCUUCUGCACAAGGACAACGUAUGAGGAAAAUGCAAUUACAAAUGCGGUUGAGAUUUAUGACACUGCAAGUGGCCAGCUUCAUUUCAUGGCAUCAAACAAUGAUGGCGGUGUACGAGAAUAUGACAUGGAGAGGUUUCAGAAAAUGAAGCAUUUUCGUUUUCCUUGGCCAGUAAAUCAUACAUCAAUCAGCCCGGAUAGGAAGCUUGUUACCGUGGUUGGGGACAAUUUGGAAGGCUUACUUAUUGAUGCCGUAAAUGGAAAGACGGUUGCAUCAAUCAUUGGUCAUCGAGACUACUCGUUUGCUUCUGCAUGGCACCCAGAUGGGCGCACCUUUGCAACAGGUAAUCAGGACAAAACAAGCAGAGUAUGGGAUGUGAGGAACCUGAAGUUGCCUGUUGCAGUUCUUAAAGGAAACAUAGGUUCAGUUCGAUCACUCCGCUUCUCGGCGGAUGGGGAGUUCCUGGUUGUCGCAGAGCCUGCAGAUUUUGUCCACAUCUACAGCACAAAGGUGAACUAUGAGAAACGCCAAGAGAUUGAUAUAUUUGGUGAGAUCCCCGGUGUGGCUCUGAGUCCCGAUGAUGAGUCACUGUACAUUGGAGUUUGGGACAGGACGUAUGCAAGCUUGCUCCAAUACAACAGAAGGCAGUCCUACUACACAUAUCUCGACUCGUUCAUCUGACUGCUGGAUGCCUUAAUUUUAGGAUACAUUUCAUACUCUUUCUUACAGUACAGUCACAACUUUAUAAUCUUGUUGGGUAAAAUGUAGUAAAGCAGUAUAGUAUUUCUCUUUGUCCUCCAUGGGGAUACCUUGUGCCUUGUGGCUUGUACAUGAUUUGGUAAGUUAUCUUUCCAAUGUUGGGGAUUUUUUUUUGAAGGGAUUCCAUGCCUCCAAGGCUCCAAUAUUGGGUUUCAGUCGAAGAGUACCUUUGAUCAGUUACUGCUGGUUUUACCUCGUAUUUCUAUUCUUUUCUUUAAAAAACAGCACACGAAAUUAUUCAAAAUGGUCG